AUGCAUGUGGUUGAGUUUUUAAGGCGCACCGACCGCCGCAAUCGAAAUUCUCAAAUUGAUUGCAAGGUGCAGCAGAAGCUUGGAGAAUGUCGACACGACUUGCAGAAUCGACGACGUCAACUUGCACUUCAAUUGCAGUGUGAGGAACAAAUGCUGGACGUGGAGUUGUCGGAGCUGCUACAAGCGCAGGAAGAUGCGGCGAAGAACGAACGAAUUGAAUGGAUACAAAUUGCUCUCAUGAAGAACGAAGAAGCUGAUCAGCUAUUGAUCAAACAGAAAAAAGAGCAACGCGAGAUUGAGUGCUCAGAGGAACAUCGUCACAUGGAGACCAGAGAGCUGCUCAUCAACACAAAGCAGGCACAGCUUUAUCAAAUUGAGGAGAGCAGAGAACGGCGACGUAGAGCAGCCUACAACAACAAGCAGUGGCAGUUGCUAUAAAAUCAUAUUACCAAUAUCAAUUACAAUUACAAUUGAUGCAUUUAAACAAGAAAAAUUUAACUUCUCUAACAACAAAUUUUAUAAAAUACUUUUUUCGCUACCCUCGAGCUCCAGUAAAUUAAUGAUUAGAAAACUUUGCCGCUUGUGAAUUAAAAAUUUGCAUUCAUUAAUAUCUCAACCAGUUUGCACAAUAGCAUUGUUGCGCUUAUUUGGAAUACAGAAGCAUAAAAAUAUUCCAAAGACUUAAUUAUCGCGAUUUCGAUGGUUUAU